AUGAGCACCACAAGAGAGGCUACACCCGAUGGAGGAUGGUCAGUGGCAGGAAGCUGGCCUCAAGAGGCAGGCCCCCAGGGCCGCAGGGCCUCUGCCGUUGUGCUGCUGCUGCUGCUGGUGCUGCUGCUGCUGAGGCCCGCUGGCCGCCUGGCGGACCAGACUGCCGGGACACCCUCCAAGCUCACCCGCCGGCAUUCUUACGCCCCUGUGCACCACCACCUGCCCCUUACAGCCCCCAUUUCUAAAGAAGGCAUCAGCUUAUUUCCCACCUGCGGCUCCUCCUUCGAGGAAGACCCCACCCUCAGGGACCCAGAGGCCAUGGCUCGACGGUGGCCGUGGAUGGUCAGUGUGCGGGCCAAUGGCACACAUAUCUGUGCAGGCACCCUCAUUGCCUCCCAGUGGGUGCUGACCGUGGCCCACUGCCUGAUCCGGAAUGAUUUUAUCUAUUCAGUGCGGGCAGGGAGCCCAAGGAUUGACCAGAUAUCUCAGACUACCGCCGACGUUCCGGCACUCCAGGUCAUCGUGAACGAGAGGUACCGGUCUCAUCGGUACUGGUCCUGGGUGGGCCAGGCCAACAACAUUGCCCUUGUCAAGCUUGCAUGGGCACUCAAGUACAACACGUACGUCUGGCCCAUCUGCCUGCCUAACUUGGACUUCCAGGUGAAGGAUCACUCUGUCUGCACUGUGACAGGCUGGGGACUCCCCAGGGUUGAUGGCAUGUGGCCCCAGUUCCGGACCAUUCAGGAGAAGGAGGUCACCAUCCUGAGCAACAAAAAAUGCAACCAGUUCUACCACAAGUUUUCCAAAGUCCCCUCUAUGGUCCAGAUCGUGGACUCCCAGAUGGUUUGUGCCGAGGACUCCGACAGGGAACACUUCUGCUAUGAGAUAAGCGGUGAGCCCCUGGUCUGUCCUGUGGACACCACGUGGUACCUGGUGGGACUGGUGAGCUGGGGCCCAGGUUGCGAAAAGAGCAAGGCCCCGCCCAUCUACCUACAGGUCACCUCCUACCGUCACUGGAUCUGGGAACGCGUCAAUGGGCAGGCCCUGCCAGCCCCGUCCAGGGCCCUGCUCCUGGUGCUAGCGCUGCCCCUCAGCCUCCUCGUUGCCCUCUGA